UGGGCAGUGUGGAAGUCACUCCCCGGGGAGAAAGGGCCUUCCCGGGGAGGAAGGCCGAGCUGGACGCCUAGGAGAAGGUCCCCGGGGAAGGCCAGGGUGGACACCCAGGGGAGGGUCCCUGGGGAAGGCCAGGCUGGACACUCGGGAAGGUCCCCGGGAAAAGCCGGGCUAGACACCUAGGAAUGGGCCCGCGACUCGUCCAGGGCAGAGCCUGGGCUUCCACCGUGUCAGAGCAGAGACCGCCGUGCACCCAGCCUCCCGAGGGGGCCCCUUCCGAGUGGGGGCUGCCCUCGCCCUGCCAGGUCGGCUCCUCCUGCUGCAGGGACUAGAGGUCAGGGGUUCCCGCCUGCAGGUGUGGCCGUGUUUCUGUGUCCCAGCUGUGCCGAUACUCCCCGAGUUCCGGGUGCCCUGUGUUCCCCACUGCCCCUUCGCAGGGCUCGCCAUGCCUGGCCAUCUCCACUGACGUCCUCACGACUGCAUGGUGUUCACUGCCAGGCAGCUCAGGGCCUCGAUUGUUCACACCAUUGGUUGAGGUUUCCCUUGCCCAGCUUCCCGGCGCUCAGAUCCCUGAAACCGCAGCGGGAUCCUCGCAGGGCGCGUGUCGGAACCCGGCUUGUCGGAGUGGCCCCUGCGCGAUCUGGGCUUGAUCCUCCCGCCGCUCUCCUCUCCUAGACCCACCGCCUGUGCUCCUUGUCCUCCUCGUCCUUGGUUUUGGAGGAGCACCUUUUGCAACAGCUUCCUGAGACACGUGGGGGGAAGUUUGGGGCUCAUUUUAUCUUGGCAAGUGGCUUUACUUGAUAGCUUGGCUGCCUGUUGAAAUUCUAAGUUGGAACGUGUCACCGAGAAUGUCCGUAUCACGACUUCAUUUUCUUUCUUUUUUGUUUUUUUUGUGGCCACAUGUACUCACGACUUCAUUUUCUUGCUGCCAGCUUUUCCACGAAGUCCAGUGCCGUUCUUAUUUCCAGUGCUUUAUACGUGAGCUGUGUUUUUUUCUGGAAGCUUUUAGGGACUUUAUUUUUUUAAUCCUUGAUGUUUUGAAAUGUCAUGCUGCUAUUUCUUAUUUUGGAAUUUUUUUUUUAAAUAUCAUAUUGCUGGCCACUGAAUGGGCUCCUUGAAUCUAGAAUUGGGGUCAGUGAAACCCAACCCUGUCAGAUCCAGGCCCUGUCAGAUCCAGCCCGUCACCUGUUUUUGUAGAGAAAGGUCAUUGUUUCCAUGUGGUCUGGGGCUUUUUGCAUACAGUGGUGGAAUUGUAGUUCUCCGGCCUAAAUUAUUCACCUGCUGGCUCCUUACAGGAAGUAUGUCCACCCCAGCUCUAGAGGCCUAAAGCCUUGUGUCCCCAAUUCAGAGAUGCCAUAGUCUUUGUCUGUCUGUCUGUCUUAUAUAUUUAUUACCUUCCUUCUACAUAUUUUCAUUUCUUCAUUUUAAGAAGUACAUUUUGUGAUUAUCUUGAAGCUUCUAUGUCAGUAAUUUUCAGCAGUGUCUCUUGAUUGUUGCUGCUCGCGUAUUAGAUCUGUGAUGAUGCUGUUUUGGUUCCCAAAUUCCCUUCCUUAUGUCUGCAAUCUCCUUUCAUCACUUUCCCUUUGAGUCCGUUUCACUGAAUUCCUGUUUUCAUUAAGUAUUAUACAGUGUAAAGUACAGCUGACCCUUGAACAAUGCAGUCUGAACUGCGCAGGUCUGCUCACCUGGAGCUGUGCUGCCUCUGCCCGCCUGAGACAGCAAGACCAAGCCUUCCUCUUCCUCCUCCUCAGACUACUCAAGGCUCCGGGAGCGCGCCGAGGAGGCAGCGGCUUUCCUGCUGGAGUGUGACAGCUCCGUGCUGGGGGCGCUGCAGAAGCACCUCAUGCUGUACAAGAUCCGGCGGAAGGUCGCGGUGGAGGCGCGCCCUGAGCUGCGAGUGUGGGCAGUGCUGCCCAGCGCCCCUGAGGCCAGAGGGGCCGCGCCGCUGCGGGAGGAGAAGGCGGAGGCCGCCGCCGUCCUCACCCGCGACCCCCGGACCGCGUGCAUGGGGUGGCGGCUCCUCACCCAGGACGAGGGCCCGGCCCUGGUGCCCCAGGGCCGGCUGGGGGACUCGGGGGAUUAUCACCAGCUCCGGUACCAGCAAGGCGUUCCUGAGGGGGUGCGCGACCUGCCCCCAGGGGUGGCCCUGCCCCUGGAGUCCAACCUGGCCUUCAUGAACGGCGUGAGCUUCACCAAGGGCUGCUACAUAGGCCAGGAGCUGACAGCCCGCACCCACCACAUGGGUGUCAUCCGGAAGCGCCUGUUCCCUGUGCGUCUCUCGGGCCCCAUUCCCGCCAGCGGCAUCGCCCCGGGGACCCCGGUGCUGACUGAGUCAGGACAGGCGGCUGGCAAAUUCAGGGCUGGCCAGGGGGAUGUGGGGCUGGCCCUGCUACAGUCAGAGAAAAUCAAGAGUCCUCUCCACAUCCGAACCUCCGAGAGUGGCCAGGUGGCCUUAACUGCGUCUGUGCCAGACUGGUGGCCCAAGGCCACCAAGUAGCCCCGAAAUGCUUCUGGCCGGCAGAGCGGUUGGUGCCUCGGGCCUGUGUCCAGCGUCUACUGGUCCAUCUGCUGCGCCUUGCAGGGUGGGAGCCCCACUCCACCAGUGCCCUGUGGGGACACUCCACCUGGGAGAGUCCCGUGCUCCCGUGAGGCCCAGAGUGGCAGGCCUGGCGUGGCAUGGUGCCCAGCCCCACCGACACUUCCUGCAGGGGGUCCCGUGGCCGUGGGUUUCCUGUCUGCAGAGGUUCCUCUGCGGCUGGGAGCAGCAGGCACCCUCCUGGGGCCCAGGGAGGGGAGAAAGUGGCCCACGUACCCCAAACUCGGCUCCAUGUGGCGUCUGUCACACAAGGACGGGAUGGCGUCCUUGCCCAGAGCCAGCAGCCUCUGGGCCUUGCACCCACGCUGCCCGUAGUGGGCAAGGGUGAUCUCUGUACCCCACGGGGGCCUUGUGGAAUCGUUUUCCUGUGCUCACUUUGGAGCAUGUCUCAGGGUGGGGGUCAUGUGCGGUGUCCUCAGGCCGGGGGUGUCGGAUGCAGUGGGACGGGGUGUCUGGACGUGGAGGCACCGGGCACCUGUGCACCCCAAACCAGCUGUACCUCUGUGUGCGCCCACAUUUCCACAGCUCUGCCACCGGCCGGGGCCUGGCAGCGAGGGGCUUUCGCACGAUUCCUGUUUGCUGUUUUUCAGACGUAGCUGUAGCCAUGUGUUUUCAGUGAGAGUGUGACUUGCCGUCGGGCUGCAGCCCCGUUUUCAACCACUAACUUUCCCUGUUGUGUUGCAGUGUGAGCUCUGUGUUACGGGGCGUCUAUUAAAGUGUGAUGCACAA